CACUCGGAAACAAACUGUUCUUCGUCUUUCACUGCUUUAAAGUAUUUACUGUGUACAGUAUUUACACAUUCUCGCACAUUGGUAAUCUCUUAUGUCGCCCUCUUUCAACUUCAAGAGGAUAAGUACAUCAUGAUAAGUAAUCCAUAAUUGUGCAUCCUUCCCGCUUUUGUCUCGGAAUAAAACGAUAAUCACUUUAAUGUGUAGACUUUCAUUGAGCCUCGGAGGAACUACCAACGACACUGAUUCCGUCUGCAAUAACCAUGAAGACCUUCACCGUAGGACUCCUCUUGACGUGCGCGCUCGUCACCUUGGUGCUUCUACAGGGGGUGUCUGGACGGAGGGGCCGUGGUGGGGGAGGGUUCAGGUUCCGGAGUUCGUCGUCUGUCCGGAGAUCUGGCGGCAGUAGUUUCCGUGCCAGGAUCGUCCCACCUCUGCUACUGGCAUCGUCCCGGCGCAGGCGCCAAAGCGCCAGCAGCAGCAGCCUGGGUGCACAGCAGUGCCAGCGCUGCACCGCAGCCUACAUCUACCAAGACCCCAGCACAGCCACCUUCAUGACUGGGACCUCCACCUCCCCCGGGGCACAGGAGGUCAGUAUCUGCCGGAAUGGGACCGCCGCCUGUAACUACGGGAAAUGCUCCAUCAACUACCUGUGGUCCAACAGAACUAUCACUGACUUCCCGGACGGAGUAAAUGCAACAACGUCCGACCCUGAAGUAGGCAUCAUAUCAGCUCAAGUGGAGUCUGUGCUCAUUUGCGGCACCUUGCGGCAUGCUCCGACACUGCAGGUCACCACACUGGCCCUGGUCAUGGCUGCGGUCAUGCGAAUGAUUGGUGGGGCCUGAGAAAUAUGCAUCAAAACAUCUACGAGUUGCUCAUUCAGAUUUCAACAUUAUGUUCUUCAUUUGCGUAUUUUAGACAGGAAACAAUUCAGCUUACAUCAUUUAUACGGAGAAUUUGUAAUGGUUCAUAUAAUGUCCAUGGUUCAUAUUGCUUGUAGCGUUACUAGCUUUAUUUGGAUAUUUGCUUAAUGAACUGUAGAUUAGAAUGAUAUCUAAGUUUUAGUAUCGAAGAGACAGAGCGGUGUUGAAAUUCGUGCAAUUCGAAAGAGCAAGUGAGUGAAAAAAUGUUGACAUAUGAAGUAUGUCAGAUCAACACUGAUGUGAGACGAAACAGAUCAAGCUUGCCCAGGCUCCGAACGACAGUUGAUUAGAAUAAAUCGAAGAUUUUGAAAAUGCAAAUAUUUCUAAAUAAAAGUUCUAACAUAUUGAAGAGUAUUUACGUCCAAAAAGAACGCCUUGUCCGCGUUCUGCCAUUGUUGUACAUAUUUCUAGCCUAUUGUAGUUACAUGUCUGUCAGCCCAAUGUGUUGUCAUUACGGUAACUUUAGAACCGUACAUGAUAUACACGUUGAAUUCUAUUGUCUUUUGACAUAUACACAAACGGGUGGAUAUGUUAGAAAUAGUUCUCAAAUGAAUGGAAAUUUCUCGACAUCAUGUUUCUGUCUGUAAGGAUCUAUGCCAUUUACCCUUAGGCUAUGUUGUGGUGAUUUGGGGUAAUUACUUAUUUCUGCAAUGCUGUCGAGCAAACAAAUCAAGGUAGUACCGCUCUACAUGUACCUUCCUAAGCUACAAUGUCAUAUUUUGUGUCGUAUUCAAAUUAGAGAGGCUUUAUGGUAUACAAUGUACUUGUUUCGUUGCAACCUUGGGCUAUGCAUGUGUUUAUUCGACCGAAACUUUAUAGUGAAAUCUAAUUUGCCGUA